UGCGUUGAUUGACACGGGGCAGCAGCUGCUGAGUUGCUCAGACAUGGCGGAGGAUACAGUGUAACUGUGGCUCAGCGGAGGAGUUCCGUGAGUUUUCCCAGUAGUGGAGUCGGUGAAGGACGCGCGAAACGAUGCAGAGGACGAGAAAACCGUCUCCGUCCGAAGCGUACCGCGAGGGGAACCGGAGAACCAGCUGAACUGCUAGACGGUAGUAAGAUGGGAAAAUGUAUCGCUGUUUAGUGCAGUCAACAGCCCUGGGCAACAAAUAUGGCUUCUUGUGCCUUUCUCAGUAUGCUAUAAAAAUUGUUCUCGCGUGCAACCUAAUGCCGUGGUGGCUCCGGCGAACUUCUGCAACCCGCGAUAAGUUCCGUUCCGAACCCGCUCGGUACUUUUGAUCGGAAAGGACCUUCCAUCCACUUCGCCGUCCGUGUUAGCUGGAAAGCUACGGAACUACAAGCGAAUAGCAAUGGAGCCAAAGCACAAAGAGUUGCUCGACCAGUGCCACCAGAACUUAUUGGAGUCCAUAACCGAUGCGGACCGAGUUAUCGAGCUGCUCAUCGUCUCUGGUACCUUGACUCAACUCGACAGGUUCGAACUGGACCAGAACUGUUCGUCCAGCGCCGAGAAAGUCGACCACCUUUUGAAGAUGCUGAUGAACAAGGAGAACGACCAUUUCUCCGACCUGUGUGCGGCUCUGGAGAAGGCAUACCCCGACCUGUACGCCUCCCUGUUCGGCCACAACGGCGGGGGACCCGUGGACCACUCCACCGGUUCCACAUACAGCGUUCUCUCCACUAUGCCGUCUGACUCGGAAAGCAGCAGCUCUCUCAGUAGUGUCGGUUCACCUGUUAAUGGUGAAGCUGCCUCGCCUCCACCUGCCACCAACGACAACCGGCACACAGUCGACAGCCUGGACACCAUCAUAUUGCAGCUCCGCCAGGUAACCAGGGAGCGAGAUGAGCUUCGGAAGCGCCUGGCUUUGGCAUCGCCUGGGACCACCUUCGAUGACUGCAGGCCAAAUUCCAAAGCCAGCCAUGACUAUGAGCGUCUGAAGAGUCAGUGCAUGAGGGCGAUGGCAGACCUGCAGUCUCUGCAGAACCAGCAUACCAAAACCCUGAAGAGAUGCGAGGAGGCUGUGAAGGAGGCGGACUUCUACCACAUGCUGCACAGCCGUGUGCUGGGCGAUCAGACGCAGCUGAAAGAGGAGAUGGAAACUCUAAAGAGGGACAAUGCCCAGCUGGUCCGAGAACACAACCACCUAAAGCAGAACUGUGAGGAGCUGCAGCGACUGCACAGCCAAGACCAAAAAGAGCUGGCAGACCUUCAGCUGCAGCAACAGCAGGUAAUGAGAGAGAACGGUUCAUCCGAGGUGCUAAAUAAGCUUUACGACACGGCUGUGGACAAGCUCGAAGGUGUAAAGAAGGAGUACGACGCCCUGAGCAAGCGCUACAGCGAGAAAGUGGCUAACCACAACACGGACCUGAGCCGCUUGGAACAGGCGGAGGAGGAGAACCGGCGGCUGCAGAAACAGAUGGACGCUUUAUUGAAGCAGAGAGACUCAGCCAUGCAUUACCAACAGCAGUACUCUACCUCAAUGAGGAGGUUUGACUCGGUUCAGCAGGAGCUGAACAAGUUGUCCGCUCAGAACAAAGAGCUGCAGCGAGAGAUGGAGCGGCUGCAGUCGGAAGUGACGCGCUACAAGAAUUUACAGCUCAAAGCAGCCAAGGACUGUGAGAAGUACAAGGAUGAGCGGGAUUCUGUGUUCAACGAGUACCGCCUCAUCAUGAGCGAGCGGGACCAGGUUAUCAAGGAGCUGGAUAAGCUGCAGACUGAACUGGAGGCAGCGGAGGCCCGACUGAAAAACACCUCGUCUGAGCGGGUCGUGGCGAGUGAAGAGCUGGAGGCCCUCAGACAGGAGUUGAACUCCUCACUGGUGGACCGUGACCGGGCCAUCUGUGAGCGGAACGAGCUUUUGGAGAAGUACUGUCAUGAAGUGAAGGACAAAGCGGAAGCCCAAAAAGAGCUGAGUCAGGCCUGCAAGGACAUCGAGACGGUUCGGGAGGAGAGGGACGUGGCCCGCAAAGAGAGAACCGAGGCCAUCAUUCAAAGGGACCAGCUGCUCCGAGAAUACUACCAAGCCAGACAAAAACAAGACUCCGCCACCUUGGACAUGGAACGAGCCAACAAGGAGAUCGAGAUGCUGAGGAAACAAUAUGAAGCCAUGUCUCAGGAACUGAAGGAAGCUACGCAGGAGGCCGAGGUGGCCAAAUGUCGAAGGGACUGGGCCUUCCAGGAGAGGGACAAAAUAGUGGCAGAGAGGGAAAGCAUAAGGACUCUGUGUGAUAACUUGCGGCGAGAAAGGGACCGGGCAGUCAGCGAUCUGGCCGACGCUCUGCGUAACUUGGAUGACAUGAGGAAGCAGAAAAACGAUGCAAUCAGAGAGCUGAAGGAGCUAAAGGAGAAAAUGGAGACCCAGCUGGAGAAAGAGGCUCGGUUCUGUCAGCUGAUGGCCCACAGCUCUCACGAUUCUGCCAUAGACACCGACUCCUUGGAGUGGGAGACGGAGGUGGUGGAGUUUGAGAAGGGCAGAGAUGACAUGGAUUUGAAGGCACUUGGGUUUGACAUCGCUGAGGGGGUAAAUGAUCCAUAUUUACCAGGAGAUUGUGGAAUAUUUGUCACAAGGGUGGACAAAGGAAGUGUAGCAGAUGGAAGGUUAAGGGUGAACGAUUGGUUGUUGAAGAUUAACGACAUCGACUUAACAAAUAAGGACAGGAAGCAGGUGGUAAAGGCUGUCCUUAAUGGGGGAGGAUUGAUCAACAUGGUGGUACGAAGGAGGAAGUCUCUUGGAGGGCGGCUGGUCACUCCUGUUCACAUCAAUCUCAUGGGGCAUAAAGACAGUGGAAUCGGUCUGGAGAGCGGGGUGUUUGUUGCCGCCAUCGUUCAGGGAAGUCCUGCAGCCAGAGACGGUUCUCUUACCGUCGGAGAUCGACUCAUCGCUAUAAAUGGGAUUGCUCUGGAUAAUAAGUCUGUGACGGAGUGUGAGGCUCUGCUGAGGAGCUGCAGGGAUUCUCUGAGCCUUUCUCUCAUGAAGUUUUUCCCUCACAGCACAUCGGGGCAGAACAUCUACGAGAGUCUGCGAGAGUCGUGCGACAAGUCCAACGGACGCAUCCACCUGUCGGAGAUACACUCCAGGAACAGCCGCAACCUCAAACACAACAGCUCCACCCAGACCGACAUCUUCUGCCCCGACCUCGGAAGUGCGAGCACAAGCAGCAUGUCCGGGGAGAGGAGGAAGGUCAGAGCGGAAGCCGACGAUAUGUACGGCGACACCAACAAACCCUUCUCCAGCCUCCGCCCAAUGUCCGACUUGGGUUCUGGGCGGUAUGGGCCCAGUGCUUUCCAGGAGUGCUGUCCAUACACAAAAGGACCUUCGUCUUUGCCGUUUGAGCCCGUUUCUCCCUCCGAGUGCCUCACUAUGGAGACGGCUCUGGAAAAGAAGCACAGUGGGGGCACUUGGCCUAAAAUGAUGGUGGGAGGGAUGUCGGUCGCUCCAGAUAACUCCAGUCCCAUCACAACAGCCGCCCAACUCUCCAUCUAUAAAUCCCCCAAGCAGAGAAAGUCCAUCUUCGAUCCAGACACUUUCAAACGCCCCGAAACGCCUUCAUCUAAGAUGGACUUCAUGGCGGCCAAUCAGAUUUCUGCCGCAGCCUCACACUCUCCUCAGCCGUCGAAGACCGAGUCUGUGUCCUCGUCAUCCACCGCCACGCCGACCCCUCCAACCCCUCCCACCCGCAGCGACUCCUUCAAGUUCAAACACAAACAUCAAAGCAGCUCCGCCUCCGACUGCACCAUCACCUCCGACGGCAAGGGGGAGGCGGUCAUCCCCGCGGCCGCCGGAGACAGGGAGAGGAGCGAGCGAGAACGAGACCGCAACGGAAACCACUACUUCCUGGAGGGCAAGGUCCUGACGUCACGGAAGUCGUGCGAUGAAGACAUCGGGCGGACCAGAGGGGAGGAGCCAGAGGUGAAGAGGCCGCGUCCUAAAUCUGCCCCCGCCCUCCGGCGUAGGAUGACUCCUCAAACCAUCACUCUGCCCACUUUUCAAAGCUACUCGAAUGACGAGCAUUCGCCGGAGCCCAGAGACAUGCUGCGUUCCUCCCCGGGCCGCUCUCACAGACACAGCGUCGGCUUUGUGCCGACAGCCUACAACGGCACCUUACCUCCCAAUUCGGCCCACCGGGGUCUGUCCCCCUGCCCCGCGGUGACGGCAGUGAUGAGGAAUCCGGUGUACACCGUCCGCAGUCAUCGCGUCUACACCAGCAACUGUCCGUCUGUGGCGUCUCAGAUAUGUCACCAGCACACUCACACCAGCCCUCAGCACCAGGGCCGGCUGAGUUUGGACCUGAGCCAGCAGAAGCGCGCUGGUGACUUCUCUGAAAACUCGUCGUCCCGCAGCAGCAGAGCCUCUCACGGUACAAACUCACUGCCCUCCAGCGCACGGCUCGGUUCCUCCAGUAAUGUCCAGUACCGCACAGAGAGGAUCAAAAUCCCCUCCACUCCACGCUACCCCCGCUCCAUGCUGGGCUCAGACAGAGGCUCGCUUUCACACUCGGAGUGCAGCAGUCCGAGUCUCAUCACGCCUCCUCAGUCUCCUCUCAAUCUGGAGACUUCCUCGUUUGCCAGCAGCCAAUCACAGGGCUCGGUUUCCACGUUACCCCGGAUCUCAGUCAGUCCUGUGCCGAUAGGGGAGCGCAGGAAAGACCGACCGUACCUGGAGGAACCACGCAACGUCAUCGUGCACAAAGGUGCAGAGCCUCUCGGCAUCUCCAUCGUCAGCGGGGAGAACGGAGGAAUCUUUGUGUCUAAAGUCACGGGUGGAAGCAUUGCUCACCAGGCUGGGUUGGAGUAUGGAGACCAGCUGUUAGAGUUCAACGGCAUCAACUUGAGGAAUGCCACGGAGCAGCAGGCCCGUCUCAUCAUCGGCCAGCAGUGUGACACCAUCACCAUUAUGGCUCAGUACAACCCGCACAUGUACCAGCUGGGCAACCACUCUCGCUCCAGCUCCCGCCUGGAGCCGGUCAGCAAUCAGUCGACUCCCCAGGGCAGCGGCGCCGCCACACCCGACAAUCACUCCACCAUCGAUACUCUCAGCGAGCAGGACGAGGGAACUCUCACCCCGUCCUCCAAACAGACCACACCCACUACUAGCCCCCGCAAUUUCAUCAGAAUGCCAUCAGAGGGCAGCAGGAAAGUGUGCGACCCCCGCCUGGUUACGGUGCACAGGCCCGGGGUGGAAGUGGGAGUCACGCUGUGUGGGGGGAAUCUGCGGGGUGUUUACAUUGAGAGCGUGGAUGAAGACAGUCCUGCCAGAGGGUCUGAGGGGCUUCUCGCUGGAGAUCUUAUUUUGGAAUAUAACUCGGUGAAUAUGAAGAAUAAAACGGCAGAGGAGGUGUAUGUGGAGAUGCUGAAGCCAGCAGAGACCGUCACCUUCAAGGUGCAGCAUCGGCCCGAUGACUUCAGCACCAUCAAAGACGUUCCAGGAGACGGCUUUUACAUUAGAGCACUUUACGACAGAUUUGGGGAGGCCGAGGGGGACCUCAAUUUCAAGAAGGACGACAUCCUGUACGUGGACGAGUCUCUGCCGAAGGGCAGCUUCGGAACAUGGAUGGCCUGGCAGCUGGAUGAGAACGCACAGAAGAUCCAGAGAGGACAGAUCCCCAGCAAAUACAUGAUGGACCAAGAGUUUUACCGCAGACACAGCGUGACGGAAAUGAAAGAAGAUUCCAGUAAGGCGCUCUCCGCCGCAGCUCGCAGGUCCUUCUUCAGGAGGAAGCAGAAACACAAACGCAGCAGCUCCAAAGACAGCAAAGAGACGGUGGCUUUGGACACCAUCAGCACCGACUCCAUCCCUUUCUUUGAUGACUGCAUCAGCCUGGCUUACCAGCGAGUCCAAAAAGUGGAGUGCACCUCACCCCGACCAGUGCUCAUACUCGGGCCUCUCAGUGACCCGGUGAAAGAGAUGCUGAUGAAAGAAUCUCCUGGGAAGUUCUGUAGAUGUGUACUUGAGGUAAUGAAGGCAUCGCAGCAAGCGAUAGAGCGUGGCGUCAAAGAUUGCCUCUUUAUCGACUACAAGCGAAGAAGUGGACAUUUUGACGUGACGACUGUCGCUUCUAUAAAAGAAAUAACAGAUAAGGGUUGCCAUUGUUUGCUUGAGAUUGCCCCCCACGCCAUCGAAAGACUCCACAGCGUCCACAUCUAUCCCAUCGUCGUCUUCAUACGCUACAAAAACGCCAAGCAGAUCAAGGAACAGAAAGAUCCAAUUUAUCUGCGGGACAAAGUGUCUCAAAAACAUUCCAAGGAGCAGUUUGAGUGUGCGCAGAAGAUAGAGCAAGAGUACAGCAAAUUUUUCACAGGUAUUGUCCAAGGCGGCACCCUCCCGUACAUUUGCACUCAGAUCAUCACUAUAGUUGAUCAAGAACAAAGUAAAGUCCUGUGGACUCCACUUGGCUGCCCCUAGAGGACGCAGGCCGCCACUACAGUGAGCUGUGUCUCCUCGCCAUUCCCUAAAUAUUCUUUUAUUUUUCUUUUUUUAAAAUGCGCUAUUACACUACGAUGGGCUAGUUGUGCAAAUUGCUAGUUUAGAAAUGUUGGUUCGGUUUGUUAUCAGAGCCUCCUUUUUAUUUCUGACAAACUCCAGAGCUGAUUAGUAGCACUGAAUAUCAACAAGUUCAAUCAGUCUUCCUUAAGGAUUUCUGGUGGGGUAUUUGUAAUGCUGCAUUGUUUACAGUCACAAUUUAAGUCUGAAUAUUGAUGUUCAAUAUUAGCUUGAAUGCGUGUCCGCCUCCCCGUCAUAAACCUCAACACUAAUGAAGUUCAGUAAUCUUUGUAAACUAAUUGUUUUUGUUUGCAGUUAUGCACCCAUUUAAUGACUGACAACUUUUAUUUUUUUUGCUUUUAACUUUAUUGAAUUAGCUUUGAAAUGGAUCACGGUUGUUAGCAUCUGUCAAAUGUAGCUGUGGUGUCACUGAAGCCGCCUGCCAGCAGCCGUCGCUGGCUCUAUGCAUCCGUAGCAGCUGGGCGUGUGGACAGUUUAAGGGCCUUUCAGAAGUGCCUUUGGAGAAGAAACCUGGCCAGUCUUCCAGGCGGGUCACUGCAACACGUUUUCAGAUCGCUCGCGUCUUUCUCGGUUCCUGCUCUUCGUGUUUCCCUGCACACCUGGAGCAGGGGAAUUGGGUAAAUCGUGUCAGGCAGUGGCUUCAGAAGACCAGGACUGAGAAGCGUUAAUGAUCUUUGCAGCCAAUUUGAAGGUGGACUGGAGGAGGAGGAGCCAACAGGUUAACUUCUCAGAACGCACUCCAGGGCUAGACAGACCACUGUGUUACUAUCAGUCAAUCUCUUUAACAUAUAUUUAACAAUAUGGAAUAAAACCAUAUACAGUAUGUAGAUAUACCAGGAAAAAUAUAUAUAUAACUACAUAUUAAAUGUAUUUUUACUAGGUUAUAAGCCUAGGUAUGUCUGGUUUUCAACUCAUGUUGUAGCAGGUAUUUACAUGCUUUUAUUAUUAUUAUUAUUUUUUAAUUGUAGUUGGUUGUCAGUCACCUAUUGAUGUACGCAUAAGACACAAUUUGCAGGGUAACACCUCCAAGGAUUUUUCCUCUGUUCCAUUUAAGUGUUAGUGACUCUUCAUUGUUGUUUCAUAUUUUUAUAAUACAGGAAAAAUUAAAUGGAAAACUAAAAAAAAAAAAAAGUAAAAAAAUGUUGCUGCCCUUCCUCCAAACCAUAUCCUGUAUAUCUUAUUGUGCCAAAAUACACUAAGGCAACUUUAUCCUUUUAUUUUGCACUUGUUUUUCUGUGAACACUUUUUUUUCCUCCAGAAUAUGAAUAGGUACUAUAGUUUCUACUGUAAUUUCUAAAUGUUUUUAUGUAUCACAUCAGUUCCUUACAUUUCAUUAAUGGCCUUUUAUUCUGAACGAGAAAAAAAAGGAUCGCUUCUUAUUUGAAUUAUGAAAAAGGGAUCUAUUCUUGCACAGUUUUUCAAAUGAAAACUUGUCCACCGUUUUGACUAUUUGGCUUCAAAAAAAAAAAAGUAAACAGGCAACAAUGCUGUUUAUCUAAAGAUAGACGAUGCAACAUGACAUGCUUGUGUAUCUAGAAAAAUGGUCUUUAAAGAGUCUAGAUGUCGGGUACGGAAAUAAACUUUUCUUUUUAUUUUGAAAAGAAUGUGAUUUGUAUGUUGACAUUAACAUGAGAAUAAAACUCAUUUUUCUGUAUCACA